UGAAUCCAAAAGGACGUGAUUGAGAAUAUUGAAAGAAAAUCGAAUGACGUAUAUAAUGCAAUAUUAAACGAUAUUUAAAACUGACCGAUUCGAGGGAUAUUAAUAAAUUCACGUGGGUACAUUCAUUCCAUCUGCUGAACAGAUUGAGCUACACAAAGUGAGAUAAUGUCCGACACUGUGGAGUCACCUGACAAAGAGGAUGCUGUCUCGAGGAAGAGGACUAACGUUUGGGAAAGUUUAGGUUCACCACGUUACAUAGUCGCGCCAAUGGUGGAUGCGAGCGAAUUGGCAUGGAGAUUGCUCAGCAGGCGACAUGGCGCCCAGCUCUGUUACACACCAAUGCUACACUCUUCAGUGUUCUGUCGAGAUCCCAAAUACAGGCGAGAAGCUCUCGCCAGUACUAGCGAAGAUCGUCCACUGAUUGUACAGUUUUGUGGCAGUGAUCCAAAUAUAUUAUUGGAAGCUGCACGCUGGGCUGAACCAUAUUGUGACGCAAUUGAUAUCAAUAUUGGUUGUCCUCAAGCAAUUGCAAAGCGAGGACAUUACGGAGCUUUCUUACAAGAUGAUUGGAAUUUGUUAAAAAAAAUCGUGUCGACGUUAAAGAAUGGAUUACGCAUACCUAUCACUUGUAAAUUACGGGUGUUCUCAGAAAUCAGUCGUACCGUACAAUAUGCUUGUAUGCUAGAGAAUGCAGGUGCUAGUUUACUCACUGUCCACGGACGUACAAGAGAACAAAAGGGCCCAUUAACUGGAUUAGCAUCUUGGAAGCACAUUAAAGCAGUAAGAGAGGCCGUGAAAAUUCCUGUGAUCGCCAAUGGCAACAUACAAUGUAUGCAGGACAUACAACGGUGCAUUGAGGAAAUUCAAGUGCAAGGUGUGAUGUCAGCGGAAGGGAAUCUUUAUAAUCCAUAUAUAUUUGAGUCUCGUUAUCCAGCCUGUUGGGAACCUGCUUUAGAAUAUCUGGAACUUGUAGAGCAAUAUCCAGUACCAGCAUCGUACAUCCGUGGUCAUUUAUUCAAACUUUUCCAUCAUGUAUUUUGUUUAGCAGAAAAUCAAGAAGAAAGAGAAAACUUGGCCACUAACUCCACUUUAGAAGCUUUUAAAAGUGUCACGUAUGCCUUGAGGGAUCGUUAUCUACCGUAUCAUGAAGGACAUUUGAUAUGGCAGACAGGAAAGACAGAUUAUAAUUUAGAGUUGCCACCGUGGUUGUGUCAACCUUACGUACGAGAACCACCCCAAGAGUACACACAAAAAUUACAGGAAGGUAUAUCUCGGAAACGUGAAUACAGAGACGAGGAAGGAAACGAAAUAUCACGAAAACGUUCAAAAAAACUUAAGAGGAUAGCGCGUAGACCAAAUAGAGCAACUUCGAUUUCCAAAAGAAAUUCAGAUCGGUGUCAUGCUUGUCCAAAUCCUCUGGGUUUUAAAUGUGAAUAUAAAUUAUGUCGUCAAUGCUGCAGAAACAAAUGUUAUAUAGAAAAUUUAGACUGUGCUGGUCACAGAAAUCUAACUAAAACUAGAAGACAGAUGGCAAAAGAAUUCGAGGCAAAGCGCAAGGAAGUUGAAAAUAUAACAUGACACUGUGUAUUAAAAUAUUUUAAAUAAAACUAGAUGUAU